CAGCACAGCACGGCAGGUGGCACCCGCGACGCGUGGUGGCGAGGCGGCGGGCUGCAUGAUGGCCUAAGUCCAGAACCCCAAAUCCUUGACGUUUUCCACGUUGUGCCCACGGAUUGCCUGUUUGGCGAUAGAACCGUUUGUAAUCAUGUCGCACCAACAAGACAUCGAAGCACAGAAUCUACCUGCCAAUGCACCAACCGAGACUGCGCAUCAUUCCGCAGCCAUCGAUUCGGGUAUCGACGCCGGGUCAUCAUCGGAAUUCGAUCAAGACAAUAAUGGAGAACAUGCACUUGAAGCGCAAGAUGACACCAGCGAAGCAUCGACUGAUGAAGGCUACGCCGACUCAGACACAUCCUCCUUCCUCUCAUCCAUCCUCUCCUCCGUGCGCCGCGGCGUAGAAAUAGAAGGACGCCUAUACCCGACCUACGGCAAGCACGACUACGGGAUGCCCAUUGACGAGAAAGAACUGGAUCGCAACGACCUCCAACACCACAAAUACACUUUGCUCCUGCGUGACCGACUCUUCGCAGCGCCAAUCCCCGAUUCUACUUUCUCAGACGCAAACUCUCGCAUUUUGGAUCUGGGAACGGGAACAGGCAUCUGGGCAAUGGACAUGGCAGACAAGUACCCCAACGCAGAAGUCAUGGGAGUGGAUAUAGCAGCCACACAACCAUCCUUCGUCCCUCCAAACUGCACGUUCGAAAUCGACGACGUAGAAGAAGAAUGGACAUAUCGUCCCAACCACUUCGAUUUCAUCCACGGGCGCGAUCUCAUGACUGCUGUGCGGGAUUGGCCGCGCCUAAUAGCUCAAGCAUACACGCAUCUUAAACCAGGGGGCUGGAUCCAACUUGCCAGUACAAUCCCCGGCGGACUAUCAGACGAUGAUACCAUCCCGCCUAAUUCAGGAUAUCUGGAAUCAGCACGUGUGUAUUUUGAGAUUGCGGAAAGGAUGGGCGCGCCGCUUGAUGCACCAAGGUCGUGGUCGAAGCAGAUGAAAGAAGCUGGCUUCAUAAACGUAACUGACGAAGUGUACAAAUUACCCAUGGGCCCGUGGCCGCGGAGUAAGAGACUGAGGACGAUAGGGAAGCUGGAGCAGAUUAUGAUACUAGAAGGGGGGUUUGAGGCGUAUAUGCUAAGGGGGUAUACGCAGGUGCUUGGUGGUAGGGCGGAAGACUUGCAGAUUAUUCUUGCGUUGGCGAGGAGAGAGGUUAGGGAUCCGAGGAUACAUACGUAUGUUCAGUUUCAUGUUACGUGGGCGCAGAAACCGCCUGUGUAGAGGCAAAUGGAAGGGAAGUCAACACCAGAGUCUAGGGAGACGAGUAGUGACAUUGACCUGUGACAUGAAGAUAUGAUAACAGCAGCCCAUAGAUCAUCAUGAAUCAUGGACAGACACUGCGCAAACUGUCAUCACCAAGGUCAGGCAGGGACUAUUCAAUGAUUGGGACAUCGUAAUAUCGGGG